GGCAGCAGUAGCAGCAGGAUGAACAGCAUCAAGAACGUGCCGGCGCGGGUGCUGAGUCGCAGACCGGGCCACAGCCUGGAGGCGGAGCGCGAGCAGUUCGACAAGACACAGGCCAUUAGUAUCAGCAAAGCCAUCAAUACCCAGGAGGCACCUGUGAAGGAGAAGCAUGCCCGGCGCAUCAUCCUGGGCACACACCACGAGAAGGGAGCCUUCACCUUCUGGUCGUAUGCCAUCGGCCUGCCUCUUCCCAGCAGCUCCAUCCUCAGCUGGAAGCUCUGCCAUGUGCUCCACAAGAUCCUUCGAGACGGGCAUCCCAAUGUCCUGCAUGACUUCCAGCGGUACCGAAGCAACAUCCGGGAGAUUGGGGAUCUGUGGGGACAUCUACACGACCGGUACGGACAGCUGGUGAAUGUUUACACCAAGCUCCUGCUCACCAAAAUCUCCUUCCACCUCAAGCACCCCCAGUUUCCUGCAGGUCUAGAGGUGACGGAUGAGGUGCUGGAGAAGGCGGCAGGGACUGAUGUCAACAACAUCUUCCAGCUCACCGUGGAGAUGUUCGACUACAUGGAUUGUGAGCUGAAGCUCUCCGAGUCAGUUUUUCGGCAGCUCAACACUGCCAUCGCCGUGUCCCAGAUGUCGUCGGGUCAGUGCCGCCUGGCCCCGCUCAUCCAGGUCAUCCAGGACUGCAGCCCCCUCUACCACUACACGGUCAAGCUCCUGUUCAAGCUGCACGCCUGUCUCCCAGCUGACACCCUACAAGGCCACCGGGACCGCUUCCACGAGCAGUUCCACAGCCUCAGAAACUUCUUCCGCCGAGCCUCGGACAUGCUCUAUUUCAAGCGGCUCAUCCAGAUCCCACGGCUACCGGAGGGACCUCCCAACUUCCUGCGGGCCUCAGCGCUGGCGGAGCACAUCAAGCCUGUGGUGGUGAUCCCUGAGGAGGCCCCCGAAGACGAGGAACCUGAGAACCUGAUUGAGAUCAGUACGGGCCCCCCUGCCCAGGAGCCCACGGUGGUGGCUGACCUCUUUGAUCAGACGUUUGGACCCCCCAAUGGCUCUGUGAAGGAUGACAGGGACCUGCAGAUCGAGAACUUGAAGCGGGAAGUGGAGAUGCUCCGCACUGAGCUCGAGAAGAUCAAGCUGGAGGCGCAGCGGUACAUCGCGCAGCUGAAGGGCCAGGCGAACACGCUGGAGGCAGAGUUGGAGGAGCAGCGGAAGCAGAAACAGAAGGCCCUAGUGGACAACGAGCAGCUCCGGGACGAGCUGGCCCAGCUGAGGGCCGCCCGGCUGCAGGGCGAGCACAACCAUUUGCUGCGCGAGGAGGCUGAAAAGAAGGCCAGCGCCACAGAGGCACGCUACAACAAGCUGAAGGGAAAGCACAGUGAGCUCAUCAACACCCACGCAGAGCUGCUCAGGAAGAACGCAGACACGGCCAAGCAGCUGACAGUGACGCAGCAGAGCCAGGAGGAGGUGGCAAGAGUGAAGGAGCAGCUGGCCUUCCAGAUGGAGCAGGCGCGGCGGGAGUCCGACAUGAAGCUGGAGGAGCAGGGUGACCAGCUGGAGAAGCUGACGAGGGCGCUGGAGGUCAAGGCCGGGGAGCUGGUGCGCGUGCAGGAGGCCCUGAACCGAACAGAGCAGAGCGGCUCGGAGCUGAGCGCACAGCUGGCCACAUUAAGUGCAGAAAAGGACGCGCUGAGCAGCACCGUGCGGCAGCGAGACGCCGAGCUGUUGGCUGCCCAGGACUUGGUGCGCGAGAAGGAGGCAGCCUUGAGCCAGGAGCAGCAGCGAGCCUCCCUCGAGAGGGGCCAACUGCAGGGCCAGCUGGCCCAAAAGGAGUCUGCGGAGCAGGGGUUACAGCAGCGGCUCCUGGACGAGCAGUGGGCGGUGCUCCGCACUGCAGCGGCUGAGGCCGAGAGCAUCCUGCGGGACGCUGUGGGCAAGCUGGACGACCCCCUACACCUGCGCUGCACCAGCUCCCCAGAUUACCUGGUGAGCCGCGCCCAGGCUGCCCUGGACACCGUGAGCGCCCUGGAGGAGGGUCAUGCCCACUACCUGGCCUGCACGUCUGACGCCUCUGCCCUGGUGGCUGCCCUGACCCGGUUCUCCCAUCUGGCUGCGGACACCAUCAUCAAUGGCAGUGCUACCUCGCACCUGGCCCCCACAGACCAUGCUGACCGGCUGGUGGACACGUGCAGGGAGUGUGGGGCCCGUGGCCUGGAACUCCUGGGGCAGCUGCAGGACCGGCAGAGCCUGCUCAGGGCCCAGCCCAGCCUAGUGCGGACCCCCCUGCAAAGCCUUCUGCAGCUGGGCCAGGAGCUGAAGCCCAAGAGCCUGGACGUGCGUCAGGAGGAGCUUGGCGCCGUAGUGGACAAGGAGAUGGCGGCCACAUCGGCGGCGAUUGAGGACGCAGUGCGGAGGAUAGAGGACAUGAUGAACCAAGCCCGGCAUGCGAGCUCCGGGGUGAAACUGGAGGUCAACGAGAGGAUUCUCAAGUCCUGCACAGAACUGAUGAAGGCCAUCCGACUCCUGGUGACAACAGCCACGAGGCUGCAGGAGGAGAUUGUGGAGAGCGGCAGGGGAGCAGCCACGCAGCAGGAAUUUUAUGCCAAGAACUCAAGGUGGACAGAGGGCCUCAUUUCCGCUUCCAAGGCCGUGGGCUGGGGAGCCACGCAGCUGGUGGAGUCAGCUGACAAGGUGGUGCUGCACACGGGCAAGUAUGAGGAGCUCAUCGUCUGUUCGCACGAGAUCGCGGCCAGCACUGCCCAGCUGGUGGCCGCUUCCAAGGUGAAGGCCGACAAGCACAGUUGGCACCUGAGUCACCUGCAGGACUGUUCCCGCACCGUCAACGAGAUGGCUGCCAACGUGGUGGCCUCCACUAAGUCAGGCCAAGAGCAAAUCGAAGAGAGAGACACAAUGGACUUCUCAGGUCUGUCCCUCAUCAAGCUAAAGAAGCAGGAGCUGGAGUCCCAGGUGCGCGUGCUGGAGCUGGAGAAGACCCUGGAGGCAGAGCGUGUACGGCUCGGGGAGCUGAGGAGGCAGCACUACGCACUGGCCGGUGGUGUCGGGACGCCCUGCGAGGAAGAGCUAGGCCGGCCCAGUGCCGCCCCCCGCACCAUGGCCUCCAAGAAGCCACCCCUGGCCCAGAAGCCUAGUGUGGCCCCCAGACAAGACCACCAGCUUAACAAAAAGGAUGGGAUCCACCCGGCUCAACUGUGA